AUGACAAGUACUGGCACCUCCUCCAGUAAUGGUAGAACCAUGAAGAUUUUGGUAGAGAGGGUUAUUAUGAAUGAUAAUUCAACAACAUCAUCUUUGAAUACAACAAUACCUGAUCAUUGGGAUGUUCCGAAAAAUUCAUCAUCUUUGGCAUCUUCAACAUCUUCACCUACUACAGUAGUAAUACCUCCAGAAAAGUUUAAAGAUCCUUGGAUUGGAGUGAAUCAUGAUAAAUCAGUACUCGAUGGAAUAACUUCCUCAAUUGAAACCGAAUUGGGUUUGGGUUUGGGUUUGGGUUUGGGUUUGGGUUUGGGUUUGGGUUUGGGUUUGGGUUUGGGUUUGGGUUUGGGUUUGGGUUUGGGUUUGGGUUUGGGUUUGGGUUUGGGUUUGGGUUUGGGUUUGGGUUUGGGUUUGGGUUUGGGUUUGGGUUUGGGUUUGGGUUUGGGUUUGGGUUUGGGUUUGGGUUUGGGUUUGGGUUUGGGUUUGGGUUUGGGUUUGGGUUUGGGUUUGGGUUUGGGUUUGGGUUUGGGUUUGGGUUUGGGUUUGGGUUUGGGUUUGGGUUUGGGUUUGGGUUUGGGUUUGGGUUUGGGUUUGGGUUUGGGUUUGGGUUUGGGUUUGGGUUUGGGUUUGGGUUUGG